AUUAAAAUACUGCAGAGUGAUGUUUAUGUCAGGGUAAUGGGACUGCACUUCACGGCUGUUCUUUUGGGGAAGAAAAUUGACACAAGAUCACUAAAAGCAAAUUUAAUACUAGUUUUUAAAUACACCUUAAUUUAACGUCAAAUACAUUAGCUUCGGACAUCUGCUUUUGAUUUGUUGUUGUUGUUGAUAUGUAUCUAACAAUAGUUCUUCUCUAAUACUUCUGCAAGAAUGUUAGAACCUCAAAUGACUGUCAUACACCGUUGGCUGUUGCUAAAGAAUACCACAAGUUAUGGUUAAUACAGUAAAAUGUUCCUCGAAAUAUGUAAAAGUGUUGCAAAGGUAGUAUUGCACAUAUAUACUCACAUAUAUACGUGUUGUAUAUAUAUGCAAUACUACCUUUACAAGUAAGGGGUGUGGCUCCCACUGUGGAUAUCAAUUAAAAUUGGAGCAUUUAACUUGAAUUUCUAAUUCGAUGUUUCAAGCCUUUACAUUUGUCUAACUUCUACCAAGUCCUUCUUAUGAGGGAUGCAAAAAUGCAGUCGUGAAUAAAUGUGUGUCCUUGUGCGGUUAAAUGCUGCCUGACUCGCUGGAAUCUCCUGUACGCAGCAGAAAAGCCUGUGACUCACUGACUGCUGUGGAAAAAAAAAAAAAAACCUAAAGUGGAGCAGUGUGCAGGAGCCACAUCCAACCAGAGCCAGUCCGAACAAAACCUCCGGGAAAACAGCGGAACGAAAACGGCACAAAGUGCAGAUUUGAAACCGGUGAACUAAACGCCAAAUGUUCGCUGCUUCUUGGAUUCCACGCUUCUUGUUCUGAUAGCGCGCGGUAACCAAUGAAUUCCACGAAGUUGUCGGCAACUGGGUGUGAGGAGGAGCCGAGUGGAAGAACGUUGGAGUGGGAUACUUUUCCGAAGAAUGCGAAAUAACCACGAUGCCCUCUGGCUGAUGUAAACUUUGGUUUGAAGAGAAAGCCAGAAGAUUUUUUUUUUGUGCAUUUCAGUUCGUGGACUCUCUCUCUCUCUCUCCCUGCAGCCCGACUCUUCCUCGGCACUUCAUCAUCAUCUUUCUCCUCUGUCUGCAGCCCAAAGUUGAGGUUUACAUGAUUCCCUUCGCGCCGCGUCUGGAUUUUCAGCGUCCACGGCUGGUUUGAACGAUGUCUGCCAGUCUAACGGCGGUUUAUUGUCUACUGUCAUUUCUGCAGAUGUGUUCAGGGUCUCGUCUUCGCCAGGAAGACUUCCCCCCUCACAUUGUGGAGCACCCCUCCGACCUCAUUGUGUCCAAAGGAGAACCGGCGACUCUUAACUGUAAGGCAGAAGGUCGUCCAACCCCCACGGUGGAAUGGUACAAAGACGGAGAACGCGUGGAGACCGACCGUGACAACCCUCGCUCCCACCGGAUGUUACUGCCCAGUGGCUCCCUCUUCUUCCUACGCAUCAUCCACGGGCGACGGAGCAAGCCUGACGACGGCAGUUAUGUGUGUGUUGCUCGAAACUACCUGGGCCAGGCCAUAAGUCACAAUGCAUCACUGGAAGUAGCAAUUUUGCGCGAUGAAUUCAGACAGAACCCCGUAGAUGUCAUGGUUGCAGCGGGCGAGCCCGCAGUACUGGAGUGCCAACCACCCCGAGGACACCCUGAACCCACGAUCUCCUGGAGGAAGGAUGGAGCCUAUUUAGAUGACCGAGACGAACGUAUCACAAUACGCAGUGGCAAGCUGAUGAUCACCAACACUAGGAAAAGCGACGCCGGAAAGUACAUCUGCGUUGGAACCAACAUGGUGGGAGAAAGAGAAAGCGAAGCUGCCGAAUUAACGGUGCUUGAGCGGCCAACUUUCGUCAAGCGACCCAGCAGCAUGGUUGUGUUGCCGGAGGAGAGUGUUGAAUUCCACUGUGUUGUUCAAGGGGACCCCGUACCAACGAUCCGCUGGAGAAAGGAUGAAUCAGAACUGCCUCAGGGCAGAUUCGAAAUCCUCAAGGACUACACUUUGAUUGUCCACAAAGUGACCUCCACAGAUGAGGGUUCCUACACGUGCAUGGUUGAAAAUAUGGUCGGGAAGUCCGAGGCUUCCGCUGUGCUCACGGUGCACGUAAACACUGUGCCUCCAGCAUUUGCCAUCCGCCCCAGAAACCAGGUAGCGACAGUAGGCAGGACGGUCACCUUCCAGUGUGAGGCCACGGGCAACCCGCAGCCUGCUAUCUUCUGGCAGAGGGAAGGCAGCGAGAGUCUUCUGUUCUCCUACCAGCCACCACAGCCCUACACUCGUCUGUCUGUCUCCCAGAUGGGCAGUUUGACCAUUACUGAUGUUCAGCACUCUGAUGGCGGCGUGUACAGCUGCCAGGCUCUCAAUAUUGCUGGCAGCGUUAUUACCAAGGCACUGCUUGAGGUCGCAGACUUUGGAUCAGACCACCCUCCUGUGAUCGUUCAGGGUCCCAUCAACCAGACUGUAUCUGCGGACAGCUUAAUUGUGAUGCGCUGCAAAACCACCAGCCCUCCAUCUUCUAAAGUCCACUGGAAGAAGGACGGUGCUCCGCUGUCGUCAGGAGACCCUCGUUUAUCUGUAACAGACACAGGAACUCUUCAAAUUCACCACGCCAAGCUGGGUGAUACAGGAUUUUACUCCUGUGUAGCUUCUGGUCCAAAUGGAGAGGCUUCCUGGACGGCAUACCUGCAAGUAACAGAUUCUGAAGUCCAUGCAGUUCAUCCCGCCGACCCAAAUGGGAUUCCCGGUGCUCCUCUCAAACCAGAAGUGACUGAUAUUGGCCAAACCUCUGUCACUCUGUCAUGGAAAAGUAACCCCAGUGCUUGGGCACCACCAUCAUCUUACCUAAUUGAGGCAUUCAGCUACACUUUAGGGAGCAAAUGGAUGACCAUGGCUGAGCAUGUAAAAACCCAGUCCUUUGUCCUGAGGAACUUGAAGUCUGGAACUGUGUACCUGUUCAUGGUCAGAGCCGUGAAUGCUCAUGGCCUCAGUGACCCCAGUCCGAUCUCUGAUGCCGUCAGAACGCAGGUAGACAACACAGCCACCAUGCAAGGCGUAGACCACCGCCAGAUCCAGAGGGAGCUGGGAGACGUAGUGAUCCACCUGCAGACACCAGCUGUGCUGUCUUCAUCUGCCGUCAGGCUGCAGUGGAGGGUGGAGCAGCAGUCUCCCUACAUCCAGGGUUACAAGGUGCUUUACAGGGCGUCGGCUGAGCACGGCCAGCCUGAGGGGCGCUGGAGUGUCCUCCAUGUGCGCAACCCAAGGGAGGACGGCGUGGUCAUCAGUCAGCUGAAGAAAGGUUCCAUCUAUGAGUUCAAAGUGUGUCCCUUUUUCGAUGAGUUCCAAGGAGCUGACAGUGAGGUGAAGGUGGUGAAGACAUUUGAAGAAGCCCCUAGUAAAGCUCCUCAGAGUGUUACAGUGACAAAGAGUGAUGUCAAUGGAACUGCCAUCCUAAUUGCUUGGAAACCACCUCCGGGCUCAGAGGAGACCGGAGUCAUCCAGGAGUACAAGAUCUGGUGCCUGGGUAAUGAGAGUCGGUACCAUGUGAACCAGUCUGUCGAUGGCUCCUCCUUCUCCGCUCUCAUUUUCAGCCUUGCACCAGGAAUUCGCUACAGUGUGGAGGUGGCAGCCAGCAACGGUGCAGGACUUGGGGUCAAGAGCGAUGUCACCUUCUUUCAGCUAGACUCUUCCGGCCAGAUGAUGGACAUCAGUGAGGACAGAGACUCGUGGUCUCAGAUUUCUCAUGUGGUGAGGCAGCCUGCGUUCAUCGCUGGCAUUGGCACCACCUGCUGGAUAAUGCUCAUGAUUUUCAGUGUGUGGCUCUACCGCCACCGGAAGAAGAGAAAUGGCCUGAGCAGCACGUACAUUGGCAUCCGCAAAGUUCCCUCGUUUACCUUCACACCUUCAGUAGCAUUUCAAAGAGGGGAGUCCGUGUGCAGUUCUGGCAGACCUGGCCUUCUCGGUAUGGGUGAACCUCUGAACCACCUGUGGCCCCCAGACAACUGGCCCAACGCGUGUUCCAAUCACAAGACCUGCAGCAUUGACUGCUGCAAUAACGGCAACGACACCAGUGACAGCAACGUGACGACCUACAGCCGACCAGCUGACUGCAUUGCCAACUAUGGAAACCAUGCAGAAAACAAACAGUUGGGCCAGCUUCCUCCUGGGUCAGCCGUCUACAGUGACGUGAACCUGUCGAACAAACUUAACGACAUCAAGAUCUUUAACAACGCCAACAUGUGCUACGCCAGUCAGGGCAGAGACUCGGCAGACACGUAUGAGCCCAUUCCAUACGCCACCACGCAGCUAAUCCAGGUUAGCAUCAAGAACAAAGCCUCCUCUGGCGGAGCCCAGGACGACCCUCUGGACAUGCCGUUCUGGAAGCCCCCUGUCCCUCCGCCGAUUCCAAAGGAGAUGGCGGCACAGAUGCAGUACAAUUUAAUAAAGCAGAGCAUGAUGCACAAAGAUCUGCAGGGAAGUGAGUCAGUGAUGCACCCCAAAAACAUGGGCUACAGUCAGCCCCACAAUUACAGCACAGCAGGCUCACACCAGAGCUCAGACCAAGGCAGCAACAGCACCUCAGGGAGUCAGACUCAAAGGAGCACAACACAGGGACCCAAAACGCCAAAACAUAAUGUGUUAGGCUGGAGAGACGCUCUGCCGCAGGCUCAUGCUGAUGCCUGUGACUGUGAUGACUACAGCUUACCCAAGGACAAAAGUUUUGAUGAAGAGGAGAGAAUGAAUAUCUGCCCUACUCCACCUGGGCAAAGGUCGGUUUUACUACCCUCUGAAGUGUCCCUGAGUCAGCAUAAUACAGCAUCACCACAGGACAACUGGAGCAGUGAUGUCCACAGUGAAGCCAGACAGAUAAGCCAACACAAUACCAUCCAUCCCUGUCCUGUCUCUCCAUCACACACAUACAGCUCCAUACCCCUCUGCGUGGACACUGAUGAACAGGAGGACGCCGAGGAGGAGGAAACAGAUGCAGAGCUUGCUGACAGCCGGUACAGCCAACACCACAACGGGCAGAAGCACAAACAACAGCUGCUCCAUCCCUCUUCACGCAAACUGCUCUUCCACGGCCUGGACCCGACACCAGACUCCAGCACCGGGGAUCUGGACAGAUCAGUCACGGGCUCAAUGGUUAACAGCUGGGGCUCAGCAUCUGAGGACAACAUUUCUUCAGGCAGGUCCAGCAUUGUGAGCACAUCAGAAGGUUCCUUCUUCACCGAUGGCGAUUUCAACCAAGCUGUAGCCUCCUCCAGAGAUAUCGUGGGCCUGCGGAUGUGCAGAUACCCCGAGGAGAGAGUGCGACAGCACCAUCGGCCCAGCAGCCCUCUGUCUACAGACAGCAACAUGAGUCCGGCUGUAACACAUAAAAGACCCAGGAGGCAUAAACAAAACCAGUGUGGUCAACAAGGCUCCAAACUGAGAGACAUCUUCAAUGAUGACUCCUGCAUGCCUUUGAACUUCUCCAGCCAGAUGUCCCACAGUGACUUUAAAGCAAGGGGGGCCACACUGCCUCGAAUGGGGUCUGGGGAGCCACAAGGUCGACGAAAGAGCAGUGAAACUCACAGGGAUGGAGAGGACACAUCCACCGUGGGACAGGACAAGCACAAGACUCCGCUGGGAAGGAAAGAGAGUAACAAAUGCCGACAGCACUCAGAAUUCAGGGACAUACUAUUGUACAGUCGUCCCUCGUUCCCAUUAGGGAAGACUGAGAAUUCCGACUCAUCCACUCUAAUGUCAUGUGGCGACUCACAGACCAAACAAGGAGGCCAGGUAGCAUCAAAAGGACAGAACUAAAGGGUCCUGAAAAGCUAAAAACCACUUAAACACACAAGGAUCAACCGCCAAGUUUCUCCAGGCAAAAUAAGUAUACCAUAUGAGGGG